AUGUCCCAGGAAACCAAUAUUCGCUACUCUAAAAGACCACCCAAGGUUCGACAAGCCUGUGACCCUUGUCACUCGCGCAAGAUCCGCUGCGAUGGAUGCUGGCCCUGCACCAACUGUCAGGAGGCAAUAUUGGAAGACGACAGCUUUCGGCCCUCACCUCUAGUAUCAACCGAUAUCAUAGAGUGGUGCCUCGAUGCCUUCUUCAGACACAAAUACCCACUUACACCUAUCUUGCAUCGUCAACAAGUCGAAGAAUGCAUACGCGACCUUUCAACCUCACCCGAGAAAUACGGGCUCAUGACAGCCUGCUCUGCGGUCAUCUCCCUCUCACCAGAGAUAUUACAACCGCCAGACCCAUCAUCGCAGAUGCCACCCGAUCUAUCCGCCCCUAUCCUUCCGACACCCGAGUUCCUCAUUUCAGAAACCCUUCGAGCUAGGCGGCAAUGCAAUCUCGCCGAGCACCAGUCCUUACUUCACGCGCAAACCUCCUUCUUCCUAUUCUCGGCCUUCUUCUGUAUGGAUAACGAUAAUGCGGCAUGGUUCUAUCUCAGAGAGUCUAUCACUAUUCUUCAGACGCUACGACUACACGAGGAAGCCACAUACAACGACAUCACCGAUCAGGUCCUGGCGACGUACGCUCGACAUAUGUUUUGGGUGCUAUUCAUCACGGAGAGGGCGUAUGCGCUACAGCGGCAUAGGCCGUUGACACUGCAGAGCACACUGGGUCUUCCCAUCGUCGAUCCGUUGAGCUCAGAUGCCGCGAUUCUUCCCGGAUUCCUCGAUCUCAUCUCCCUUUUCCGGCACUUUGAUACUGAUUUCAUAGCGACAUGGAACUCUUCUACGCCAUCAGCGGCAUCGUCUUCAGAGGCAACAGAUCCAGAACAUCUUUCCAAACUACAGACGGUCUUGAAGUACGCAAUUCCAAGCGUAUCAAAAUAUUCAGAGAUGCAACAGGCCGAUCUAUUAAUUUCACGACAGUGGCUCAAGGUCAUCGUGUGGAAACUUUGCGUGUCCAAGACCCUGUUAUCUACCACGGAUAGUGAGGACAGCAUGUCACUGAGCUAUCCCACCGCAGUUGCCCGCGACGUAGUGCUCAUUUCACGGCUGCUACCAACCAAGGCCUUUGAAGCCAAUGGCGUCGGCAUAUUGGAGAAGGUGUUUGAUGUAGGAUGCUCACUAGCAGAUCUGAUAUCGCUCGGUUCAGCAACGAACCAGUGGUCUGCUAUGCAUGUCGGGCCGGUUGAUAUCCUGAUGGAGAUUGUGAGGAUAGUUGGGACAACUCUUGGUGGGAGUUACAAGCAUCUGGAUAUGUUGUACAGCAAGGCAAGUUAUUGCCUAUUGAUGAACGUGGAUAGAAACAUGACUUUAGUCGACGUUACAAAUGAAUGUCGGGUUGAAGAAAUUCCUGAGUAGGGAAAAGUUCAAAAGCUGGUCCUACAAUCCGAAACUCGAUUUAUAUGACAACUGCUAUCAAGUCUCUCGGACGCACCGUAACAGCAGCAAUACCUCAUACGGCAAGCUUCCUCGACAUACUUAAUGUUUUCACAUCUUAAAUGACCAAGCACAUCCAUACCUGAGGAGACAACAUUUUGUUGAUCAUUGGCAUGCGCGAAGGUCAUUUUGAGAUUCACAGGUUAUGGCCAAUGAAUAUGAAGCAGCAUGGGAGUAUUACUGUAAUUAUAUGCGAUGAUUUAAAAUCGAAUCUGU